CCAUUGUUCUUUUCAUGAAAGGAAUCCCCACGUGUGACUUCAUGUGAAACGAAAAUGAAAGGGGUAUUGGACAGUCCGGUCGUUGAUAGAUCAGUUUCUCUUCUCAUAUUUCGCUCGCUUCGUUAUUAAAAUCUGAAUACCAAAUUAUAGAGUAAACAUUUCCCCUAUGUAAUCAUAUUAGGUCAUACAUGUAGCUAUUAUUCUAUUGUUCGAACAAUUUUCCUCUAGUCUGUUGACGAUUGUUAAAUAUACCAAUUCUAAAGGGGUUUAAUCAAGCGGAAUGCAUUUGAAAAGGCUAAUAUAGAGCUCGAAUAAUGAUGAUCCUAGAUCAUACAUCGACAUAAAAUGGUUUCUUUAUUUCAAAAGUGUGUAAUGUAUUAUAUAUGCAGAACGAUUCGCAUUUAAUCUGUAUUGAUAUUAUAACACACCCGCUGAUGUAUAAGUAGUUCGUUCCGAAAAUGUGGGGGGUUUCCCCUCCACUGAAAGUAAUGUGCUGUUCUGCGAGCUACCAUCAACAACACUUUACUGCCCUACAGGCGCUCAAGGACUGAGGUAAAGGGAAACAAAAUACCCGCGAAUUCCCCUGAAGAUUUGACAAAGGAUUACAAGUAUGGACAAAGCGGAGCAGUUUGUCAACAUCGACCUAAACGACGACAACAUCUGCGGUGUCUGCAAGCUGGAGACCGACACGGGGACCAUGUCCUUCUGCCAUGUCUGCUUUGAGCUCAGCAUCGAAGGUGUGUCCCAUGCGACCCUCCUGCACUCCAAAUCCCUACGGGGUCACCGCGAGUGUUUUGAGAAGUACCACCUCAUCGCCAACCAGAAGCUGUCCCGCUCCAAGGUCUCCCGCAGUGCCUAUGAGGGAAUGAAGCUUGCCCUGAGCCAGAAGAUCAGCCGUAUUGUUCAGUACGCCCAGAACAAAGACUCCGUCAGAAUAGAGGGAGGUCCGGGCUGCCGGGGGGGCAAGCACCAGCUCCUUUGCUACAGCCAGAAUGGAGAACGUACACUUCUUCCCCAGUCAGACGCCCAAGUGCCUCGCUAUACCCCAUGCUGGAACCAGGGGACGGGGGCAGGAGGGCUGCCGGACUACGCCACAGGCAUGCUGGAGUGCCACUCGGCCGAGGGGCUGGGGCUACUGGAGGACGGGCAGGGCCUGUGGGGGUCCACAGGGAGGAGGGGUCUUCAUAGCCACAGCCAGUGUUCUGGAGGAGACCACCAGCUGCUGCACUCAAACAAUGGCCACAGCAGAGACGAGUUGAUUAAAAUGAGUGUGGAUGAACUCCACCAGCUGAAUGGCCAGCUCCUGCUACAGAUUCAAAAGGUGUUUGAGGAGCUGACGGUGGCUGUACAGGAGAAAGACUCGCUGGCGUCGGAGCUGCACGUUCGUCAUAUCGCUAUCGAGCAGCUCUUCAAGAACUGUGCCAAGCUUCCCUGGCUGCAGAUCAGCCGAGCCGGGUCCGGGGUCAAGGCCAGCAGCAAUGCUCCCGUGGAGUGAGGGGAGUCUGGGGGUACCUACCUGGCUUGGCUGCCUCUCUCAAGGGGCUGGCUGUCUCACUCCCAGGGCUACAGACACAGGCUGGCCUCUAGCCAGUGCCCUUUGUAUUGUGAAAGACUUGCUGCGUGGUGUGGUUUGUCUCAGAUGAGUGAGGAAUGGACUUGGCCUCCUCUCAUCAUGCUUAAGGCUUUCUGACUGCAGUACUUGAAUAAAGGGCUUGAGGAAAGGCAAUAAAAUUGAAGGACUUUGGGAAUCAUCGACUUCCAAAUGGGAACUGUGGGUUUUUGAUGCCAUCUGUUGGUGGACCUGUUGCCUAUGCAGAUAAAGUAUUUUUGAAAGAAUGUCUAUUCAAAUGCAUUUGAUUCAGUGACGUGAGCAAGAUCUUGUUUGCAUAUCUAGCUAAAGUUGUUUUCUUUUCACCACCAUUUUAUUUUUUUGUUUUCAUCUUUUAUAUUUAGCCUUCUUUUGUUAUUUUCAUUACACCAUUUCCUCGCUCCUCAGCAAAUAUUUUGUUGACUUAUUCUGCAGCUGUGGUAACUGUUUCUAAAUGAGGAGUGAGAUUUUAUUUUGUAAUCUGUGCAGUGAAACCCACUCCUGAGGUUUGAAGAUUCUGUUACAUCACCCACAAUCUAGUUCUAAGUGGAGGUGGGAUUUUAGCUGUUUUGGAUUAGGGUUGAAUUGAUAUUUUUUUGGUUUUGUAUUUUCAUUUUUUGUUAGUGGCAUGCUGCAAAUGCUAUUCUCUGAUCGAACUUAAGUUCUCUUUCUUUUCAACUGGUAAGGUAUUUUAUGGCUGUCGAGCACAAGUCAUGCUUGUAGUUGAUCAAGGGAGUGACAUGAAAUACAUGCUGAAAGCAGAGAAGGCCCGACUAAGCGUUAUAUGGUCCAAUCGCCAAACCAAAGUAUUUUAUUUGCUUCAAGGCAGCAAAUGUCAGUAUUUAUUAUUUUACUUGUGGCCUACAAGUAUGGGCCUCGCUAGACCAACUAGAAUUGAUAGUGAAAUGCAAUAGAAUACACUGAUACCAAAUUCACCUGAAAUGUGGAUCAAUGACAAAUGUGUGAUUCUAUAACAUAGGUUUAGCUGUAAUGUCCUCUGUUAUGAACCGUUCAACACUUCUCCCCUGGUUUCAUGGUCUGUUAUGAAUGUAUGUAAUCAAUUAUUUCAAUAUUGUUUUUCUCUUCUGGUUUUGGGUUUCAAAUGUGAUUUGGUUUGUACUUAUUUUAUUUAUAAUUUUAGCCAAUUAUUUUCUGGGGGUAGGCCUAUGCCUUGUGGAGUUCAAAUGUAUGGAUAUGUGAACUCAAACUAGACUGCCGAAUGCUGUUUUUAUCUUAACAGGAUGUGUCCAUCAAUUACCCUUGCCUCCUGCUUUAAGGGCACUGAUUGGAAGGAACCAAUAUAGCUGAAAGAACCCAAAUAAUGAUUUGUUUCACCUAUCCAGCCUGGUCAGAUCAGUGAUUUUGAGAGAGAAAAAAAGUGACAAACAAAUGAACUAUUCAUGAACAUUUGGGUAACAGAUGUACUAAGAACAUGAUUUCUUUAUGUUUAGACACCCUCAAGUGGUGGUUUAAAAUUACUGCAGAGGUUCGUACCACUGAAGUGGAGCCUCUUGGGAUAGUUCUAUAAUUGGCCCAACAUGAAUUUGUAUGUUUUGGGAAGAAAGAAACACUUCAAAUCAGGUUGUGAUGUAUUUGAACCUCCCAAUGUCAGUCACCCUCUUUAUAAGAGAUCAGAUUUAACCCCUUUGGGGUUUACACAAAAGGUUUUAGCUCUGCUUUGUCUCAUCCUGGUUUUGUUUGGAUUAAUAGGUGUGUUCUUCUGAGCAUGAGUUACUGAUUUCUAGAUACACUUAAAAUAAGGGCUGUUUCUUGUAGACUUCCCCUGGUGUGACGUUUUGAUAACCAAGUAAAUCUCUCUCAGACAAGGUGACUUAUCAAUGUAUUCGGCUCUAUUUACUCUGAAUCUAAAAUGCUAAUUUGCAUCAAAGUAGACAUGCAAAACUACGAAUCCCUGCAAGCUCCUGCACGUCAUCUCAAGCUGACACGUUUGCUAACAUGUAUUGUCAGUUUAAAACUUGCUCAAGACAGUUCACAGAAUUGUCGAUUUUUAAAGAAAUGUAGCCAAUUUAUUGAUUACUACAUUUAGCUAACAUUAGAUACUUAAUCCAGAGAAUCUUACCUUUGCCUCGAUUCUGCAGUCUCACCAGGAUCAUGCCAUUUGUAGUUCUUCGUGAUAGCCACAUUAACAGCUAAUUUAGCAUUUCAUUUUUGGGGGGUAAAUACAGGUGAAUAUAUUGUUAAGUUGCCUUGUCCUAGAGAGAUUUACAUGGUUAUAAAAACAUCACACCAAGGUAAGCCUGCAUGAAACAACCCUUAUUUUUAGUUUUUCAAAAAAAUCCACUAUGGGGAAAAAUUAAUGGUAGAAGAACAAUAUGAAACAUUUCCCUGUUUGACUGCUUGUCUUCAUGGGUAUUAUGACUCAUACUGUGGUACUAGUGUACUUAUACCAGGGGAUGGGGUGCCAUUUCAGAUUUGUCCACUGAGUGGUUUGUAGGUUUUGUAAAAUUACAUGUCUGAACGGUUGCUUCCCUGGUUGGAAAGACCUGUGAGCCACCUGUGUCUGUCUGGGGUAAAUGUCCAUUAGCUGUGUGUGUGUAUCUGGAAAUGUGUACAUACAUACCCGUUACAUUGCUUUCCCCUUUCUGCUAAAUUUGACAUGACUCAUUAUUUACUUGGUCUGAUAUACAUUAAAUGGAUAGUUAUACCAAAUGACAAAAUGACAUUGCUUUCCUUACCCAGUAAAGUAUGCCAGCAAUCCAUGUUUUGUUUUAUUUCCCUGUCAAUGUUUCCCGCAUUUGGCAUAUUAGUUUUUUUGAGCAUCAUGUCCAACUCUUUCGAUAGUAUCUCAAAUGUAUUGUGAAACUCAGUAACUUAUAGAUGAUUUGAACAUGAUGUGCAAAAAAUGCUAAAGUCGGUACAAGGACUUGAAUGGGAUUUGUGCCACAUGCUCCAACAUUCUUUUGUAAGAGGUGCCAGGAAAACUUAACCGAAGCAUGGAUUGUCAUCAUACAUCGUCCAGUAUGUCAUUUGGGUGAACUAUCCUACAUAUAGUAAUGUGUGAACUAUGCCUGUGCUGUGUGGAUUUCUUUGUAGAAAAUGUUUAUUUGUGGAGCUGACUGCCUAUAUGAAUUGUCUAAAUUGUUUUGUAUUUUUUCCAAAAUAUUUCAAUAAAAUAUUUUUCAUACA